AAGAUUGUGCGCUCUUAACUAAUCCUGAGUAAGGUGGCCACUUUGACAGUGUUCUCAUGCUGCCUCUGCCACCUUCUCGGUCUGAAGAUAGCAUUUCAACUCUAACACAGCAUGAUCGAAACAUAUAGCCAAACUGCUCCCCGAUCCGUGGCCACCGGACCACCCGUCAGUAUGAAAAUUUUUAUGUAUUUACUUACUGUUUUUCUCAUCACCCAGAUGAUUGGGUCAGCACUCUUUGCUGUGUAUCUUCACAAAAGAUUGGACAAGAUAGAAGAUGAAAGGAAUCUUUACGAAGAUUUUGUGUUCAUGAAAACGUUACAGAAAUGCAACAAAGGAGAGGGGUCCUUGUCCUUACUGAACUGUGAGGAAAUUAAAAGCCGAUUUGAAGCCUUUCUCAAGGAGAUAAUGCUAAACAAAGAAGUGAAGAAAGAAGAAAGCGUUGCGAUGCAAAAAGGUGAUCAGGAUCCUCAAAUUGCAGCCCAUGUCAUAAGUGAGGCCAGUAGUAACACAGUGUCCGUUCUCCAGUGGGCCCCGAAAGGGUACUACACCAUAAGCAGCAACCUGGUAACCCUCGAAAACGGGAAAGAGCUGGCCGUGAAAAGACAAGGACUCUAUUACAUCUAUGCCCAAGUCACCUUCUGUUCCAAUCGGGAAACUUCGAGUCAAGCUCCAUUUAUAGCUAGCCUCUGCCUGAAUUCCCCGAGCGGAUCCAAGAGAGUCUUACUCAGGGCUGCAAACACCCGCAGCUCCUCCAAACCUUGCGGGCAACAAUCCAUCCACUUGGGAGGAGUAUUUGAAUUGCAUCCAGGUGCUUCGGUGUUCGUCAACGUGACUGAUCCAAGCCAAGUGAGCCACGGGACGGGCUUCACGUCUUUUGGCUUACUCAAACUCUGAACAGUGGCACCUCGCAGGCUGCGGCUGAGCUCAUGCUGGUGGUCUUCGUAAUACAGCAAAGCAGUUAAGACCACCCCCUGUUGAACUGCCUAUUUAUAACCCUAGGAUCCUCCUCGUGGAGAACUAUUUAUUGUACACCCCCAGGCAUGUAGGGCUGCGGGCAUCCAGAGAGUCCCAUGAAAAGACGAGACCAUUAUGCGCAGAUGGAAUUGUGAGUAAACGGCAGAUCAUUAGUCAAGUUUCGUUUCAUUUCUUUGCAUGCAGUGUCUUUCCAUGGAUAAUGUAUUUGAUUUCCCAGCGAAGACGCGGAAGGGCAAUGGGGAGCCUCAGCCCUGGGUCCCCGCGGCCCUGAUGGAGGGGGCAGGCUCUAGAAAGUCUGAUGCAGCGGAGAACUGAAAAACCCUGCCCCCACCAGCCACCCUGACUCUCAUCCUCUCCCUCCUCCGCGCCCCACCCCCCGCCCCCUAGACACACACAGUCAGGCUGUUGCUAAUCGGUUAUCUUAUUUCAACCCUGUCGCGUCUCCAGCACUGUAGGCGGGAGGGGAGAGCAGAGGCAGAAGCUCUGAGGCUGCCCACUCCUCCUCCCGAAAUGACUGUAUUUAAAGGAAAUCUCUCGUAUCUACCUGCAGUCUCCCUUGUUUCCAGAGUGAACUUGUGAUGAUCUUGUUAUUUAUUUUUUGAAUAAUAAAGUGCCCUUAAUGUUAU